UGCAACUACAUCGCUAUAAAGUCAUUGUUGCAUUGUCCAACAACACAAGUCUGAUGUACAUUGGAAACUUUUAGCCUUGUACAAAGUAAACAACCAGGAUGACAGCGGAGACUUUUGAUAAAAAGAAGACUAUAGAACUGAGGAAGAAGCACAUUGGUCCGUCAUGCAAAGUCUUCUUCAGUCACGAUCCGAUCAAGAUUGUGCGUGCCAGAGGCCAGUACAUGUAUGAUGAGAAUGGGGAACGGUACUUGGAUUGCAUAAACAACGUGGCUCACGUGGGCCACAGCCACCCGGAGGUCGUGAAGGCAGGAGCAGAACAGAUGGCUCUGCUGAACACCAACUCUCGCUUCCUGCACGAUAACCUGGUGAACUAUGCCCAGAAGCUGCAGACCACGCUGCCUGACAAGCUCUCCGUCUGCUACUUUGUCAACUCUGGCUCUGAAGCCAACGACCUCGCUCUUCGACUGGCCUGGCAAUACACUGGCCACAAAGACAUCAUAACACUGGACAAUGCGUAUCACGGUCACGUGUCAUCGCUCAUCCACAUCAGCCCAUACAAGUUCCACCAGCUGUCAGACGCAGAGCAAAGCCAUUCUGUACAUGUGGCGCUGAGUCCAGACACGUACCGAGGCAAAUAUAGAGAAUCCCACCCAGACCCCGCUACAGCGUACGCCGACAACGUUAAAGACAUCAUACAAAAGGCCCAUGCCAGUGGACAUAAGAUUGCUGCUUUUAUCGCCGAGUCCCUGCAGAGUUGUGGUGGGCAGGUUAUCCCUCCUUCGGGCUACUUCCAAAAAGUGGCACAUCAUGUUCGUCAAGCAGGGGGUUUAUUCAUCGCUGAUGAGGUCCAGGUGGGUUUUGGGCGUGUUGGCACCAGCUUCUGGGCCUUCCAGCUGCACGGUGAAGAUUUUGUUCCUGAUAUUGUUACCAUGGGUAAACCCAUCGGCAACGGGCACCCUAUGUCCUGUGUGGUGACAACCAGAGAAGUGGCAGAGGCCUUCCAGUCAUCUGGGAUGGAAUACUUCAACACGUUCGGAGGGAACCCGGUGUCCUGUGCCAUCGGCCUGGCUGUGCUGGACGUGAUCCAGAAAGAGGACCUCCAGAGCAACGCCCUCCGUGUGGGGGCGUACCUGAGCAGGCUGCUGGAGCAGCAGAAGGAGAAGCAUGCCCUGGUGGGGGAUGUCAGGGGCCGUGGACUGUUUGUAGGGGUGGAACUUGUGAGGGACAGAUUGAAGCUGACGCCAGCAACCGCUGAAGCCCAGGAGAUCAUAUACAAACUGAAGGAACAACGCAUCCUUCUGAGUGCGGAUGGUCCUCACCGCAACGUGCUCAAGUUCAAACCACCCUUGUGCUUCACUGAGGAGGACUGUGACUUUGUGGUGCAGAAGAUUGACCAGAUUCUCACAGAUCUUGAGAAUGCCCUUGGUCUACACCUUCCUGGCAUGGAGAACACAGAGAAUGGAGGCAGUAAAAGGAAGGUCUCCGCUGAGGAAAACAGACAUCAACCAAAUGGAAAUGGAACCAGCAAGGAGACCCCACUGCCAGCCUCCAAGCCGACCAAGAGAAUAAGGACAUAGAGAAGGAGUCUUACAUCAUUAGAUACUUGAGGAAAUGCCAUAUUGCUCAUCCUGCCUUAAAUGGAUACACAAAGUGGAUUAAUUAAUUAAGUGUUUUGCGUUAAAAAAAAAUUCACUGCACAUUUAUUAUGCAGUGUCCUCUCAGGUUAUUUACAUUGUUAGUUGCAGAAGGGCAUGAAUGGUUACAGAUAAAACACUAUGUAGUACUAAAAUGUUUCAUGAUAGUAUUGUAUGUGAACUAAAGUGUUAUUGACAUUGUUGUCUAUCAACUCAUCCAUUCACGUAUCAUAAUUACUUAUGCCAAAAAUAUACAGAAAUUAGUACUAAAAUAAAAUACAUAUAAUACUGUAACAGUUUGACAAAAGAGAAAUAUGUAUUAUUCUAACUCUAGCCCACUGGAUAAGCAUGUGUACCAGGCUCCAACAAUCCAGCACAGCUGGAUUCGAAUCGGGCUUGGGGCUCUUGCAUGCAAGAUCCCCCCCCCCCUCCUGUCA